AGCAGCCGCAGGGGUUUGGUGAGAGACUUGUGUCAAUGGAAUCGCAGAUGUCUCAACUAGCGUCUAUGGUUAGCACGUUUUUGAGUCAACAACGCGAUAGGGAUGUGGAGUCCUCUGGUUCGCCUGCUGCGCCGGGAAGCGGCGGACCAGAGUAUGCUGGUCGGCACCCUACGGGUGCUGCCGGUGCGAGAGCAAGUAGGGGUGUUGCUGCCCAAGGACUUGGCGUCGCGGGAAGUGCGGGAGGUACGGAUAGCAACGUCCAAAGCCUUGGCGCUUCAAGUAUGCGACUUGGUACUGGUAGUCUUCUAGGCUCUGACCUGAACCCGCAUGCAGGUGUUAAUCGUUCCUUUGUUGCUGCAGUAAACUCAGGUUCGAUGGGAAUUGAGAGUGGAGCGUUCCGUAGCCGGUCUCAAAUUCCACCCCCUCCUACUGCUGCUACCNAAAGGGAUUUCGCGAGAAACUAAAAAUAGAUCAUAUAAGAAGUUGGGCAGAAUUUUUGUAGACCUGGGAGGAAAGAAGGGCGUCGCGUCCAUCGGGAGUAAAUAAUACCCCAUGAUUAUAAAAGAUUACUACACGAGGCGUGCGUGGUUACAUUUCCUCAACAAUAAAUCAGACGCUGGUAAGGCUUUCAGGAGUUUUCUUGCGAGUGUGCGUGCUGAUGGUUUGCCGUCAUUGGUCGAGAUUGUUAGAUCUGACAAUGAGUUUUUCUGGGGGGAAUUCGCGUCCGUGUGCAAUGAGCUCUUGAUUAAGCAGGAGUUCACCCCGGCUCACACUCCACAAUACAAUGGUGUUGCUGAACGUGGCUUGGGAUUGAUAGAGGAGGCCGCGAUGGCGGCUCGUAUUCAGGCAAAGGCUUUGUUUGGGCAUGUGCAGUUGCCCAAGACUGAUAGGCUCUGGGCUGAAUCAAUGCAUUGGGCUUGCGAGGCUUUGAACCACACAGCUUGCAGUGCGAACCCUGACUCGAAGUCGCCGUAUGAGAUGUGGUAUGGUGAAGCCCGUCCUGCUAGACCGUAUCCAUUCUUGAAGCCGGCGUACUGCAGGUGGCAGCGACCCUCUAAACUGCUGCCGAAGGGUGAGAGUUGCUUCUAUGUCGUCCCUUCGAGCGACCACCCGCGCGAUUGCCAUAGAUUGUUGACGAGGGGUGGGAUCAUUCAGGAGACUAGAGAUGUGACGUGGGAAGCGCUGCCGUGUGGACUCCCUCCGCCGCAACCACCGCUGCCGAUAGAGCUAGAGGUAGCAGAGGAGGGAGGGGAGGGAAAUGACGAUAAUGUAAAAGCUGAAGUGUGGCCGCUCAUGGGUAGAGGGAAGCCCCACAUUCGUUUGCAGCCUAGCGCUCCCCCCUCCGGUGCAGUUGAUGAGGUUUUCAGUGUUGAUGCUGGUAGCUUAGGCCAAUCCCCCUCUGUGUCGUCCGCGACUAACUCCCACGCUCCCUCCGUGUCUUCGCAAGAUUCUGUUGAUGACCAGGAGCUGGGAGGGGCAGAUCGGUGGGUGAUGAGUCUGUAGGAGGGCAGGAUAAUGAGGCAGUAGAGCCAGGAGGGCAAGAGGUAGCUCCUCCAGCCACUCGUCGGCCCCGGCAUGUUGUUGAGCUUGCUGAUUUUAAUACUGCCCCGCGUGAGAAUGAUGAAGUCAGAGUAGGUAGGACUCGCACGCAAACCCGUGCAGUUAACCAGCAGACUCCGUCAGGCCUUGUGGCCGCCUUAGGACCUCUCACUGCAUCAUAGAUUACCUAUACACUCGUAGCGGAAUAGAAAGCAGGUCAGGCACAGUUGCCGAAAGAGCACAUUCAGGACGUAGAACCUGAGCCCGAUAGCUAUCAAGAGGCCAGGCAGUCGAAGCAUGCCCAGGUUUGGGAUGUAGCCAUGUCUGCAGAAUUUGAGGGCUUGGUAAGAGCGGGAACCUUUUUGUUGGCAGUAAAUGUCCCG